GGAGUUUCUCUGCUUCCCCCUUCCUACCCGCUCCGCAGCAGUGGCUCGGGCUCUCCGCAGAGGGGGAGACAGAGAAAGACAGAGACUGACUCAAUAAAGUUUCCUGAAACAGCAACUACUACCAAAAAGGCCCGAGGUGGGGGGAAAUCCCCGGCUUCCCCGCCCCUCUCCGCAAGCCUGAGGGACCGUUGCAGGUGGAGCGGCGCUGGGGGGAGCCGGGCUGCGGCGGCAGCCGUUGCCCCGGCGAGGGGCGCCUUAGGUCCUGUGCGCUCGGGUUCCGGCUCCUUCGGAGGCGGUGGCGGCUGCUGCCGGGCGGUUCCUCCUGUCAACUGCCUGCGCCCGCGCGCCGCCUGCCCAACCCCACAGCGCGGAGGGACGCCGUGAGCCGCCGCCGCCGUCGCCUCGGUCAGCGGAGCGACGUGGUGAGCUGUGGCGCUUCCGCGUCAGCGCCGGCGGGGACUCUUUGGGAGCGCGUCGGGCCCGAACCCGGGUUCCCUUCGCGUGGUCCGCAAAGGCUGCGCCAGGUGGGGACCUCGGCCGCCUCCCACGCCAGGCUGUCCCCGCGGCCGCCCGGCAGGCCUGCCUGCUUUCCGCCUGCCCGUCCCGGGAGUUAACCAAGCCGCAAUGAAGAGCUUCUUACAGUGAAAGGAAAGUAGGUCGCGCCCGCUGAAAAUGCCUUUAAGGGACAAAUACUGUCAGACUGACCACCAUCAUCACGGAUGCUGUGAACCAGUUUAUAUCCUGGAACCUGGAGAUCCUCCUUUGUUACAGCAACCACUACAGACAUCCAAAUCUGGUAUUCAACAAAUAAUUGAGUGCUUUCGAUCAGGAACUAAACAACUUAAGCAUAUUUUAUUAAAAGAUGUGGACACUAUUUUUGAAUGUAAAUUAUGUCGCAGUCUCUUCAGAGGAUUACCAAAUUUAAUUACCCAUAAAAAAUUCUACUGCCCACCAAGUCUCCAGAUGGAUGACAACCUUCCUGAUGUAAAUGAUAAGCAAAGUCAAGCCAUAAAUGAUCUCCUAGAAGCCAUAUAUCCAAGUGUGGACAAGCGAGAAUAUAUUAUUAAGCUAGAACCCAUAGAAACUAAUCAGAAUGCAGUAUUUCAGUAUAUUUCAAGGACUGAUAAUCCCACUGAAGUCACUGAGUCAAGCAGUACUCCUGAACAAACCGAAGUUCAAAUACAGGAAACUAGCACUGAGCAGUCUAAAACAGUACCAGUUACAGAUACAGAGGUGGAAACUGUAGAGCCCCCUCCUGUUGAGAUUGUUGCAGAUGAAGUGACACCUGCAUCUGAUGAACAACCUCAGGAAUCACAGGCUGACUUGGAAACUUCUGACAAUUCUGAUUUUGGUCACCAGUUGAUAUGUUGUCUUUGUAGAAAAGAAUUCAAUUCUAGACGAGGUGUUCGUCGUCAUAUUCGAAAAGUGCACAAGAAAAAGAUGGAAGAACUAAAAAAGUACAUUGAAACACGAAAGAAUCCAAACCAGUCCUCUAAAGGACGCAGUAAGAAUGUUCUAGUUCCAUUAAGUAGGAGUUGUCCAGUAUGUUGUAAAUCAUUUGCUACAAAAGCGAAUGUAAGGAGGCAUUUUGAUGAAGUUCAUAGAGGACUAAGGAGGGAUUCAAUUACUCCUGAUAUAGCAACAAAGCCUGGGCAACCUUUGUUCCUGGAUUCUGUUUCUCCUAAAAAAUCUUUUAAGACUCGAAAACAAAAGUCGUCUUCAAAGGCUGAAUACAAUUUAACUGCAUGCAAAUGCCUCCUUUGCAAGAGGAAAUAUAGUUCACAAAUAAUGCUUAAAAGACAUAUGCAAAUUGUCCACAAGAUAACUCUUUCUGGAACAAACUCUAAAAGAGAGAAGGGCCCUAAUAAUACUGCCAACAGUUCAGAAAUAAAAGUUAAAGUUGAACCGGCAGAUUCUGUAGAAUCAUCACCCCCUUCCAUUACCCAUUCUCCACAGAAUGAAUUAAAGGGAACAAAUCAUUCAAAUGAAAAAAAGAACACACCGGCAGCACAGAAAAAUAAAGUUAAACAAGACUCUGAAAGCCCUAAAUCAACUAGUCCGUCGGCUGCAGGUGGCCAGCAAAAAACCAGGAAACCAAAACUUUCAGCUGGCUUUGACUUUAAGCAACUUUACUGUAAACUUUGUAAACGUCAGUUUACUUCCAAACAGAACUUGACUAAACACAUUGAGUUGCACACAGAUGGAAAUAACAUUUAUGUUAAAUUCUACAAGUGUCCUCUUUGCACUUAUGAAACUCGUCGGAAACGUGAUGUGAUACGACAUAUAACUGUGGUUCAUAAAAAGUCAUCUCGCUAUCUUGGGAAAAUAACAGCCAGUUUAGAGAUCAGGGCUAUAAAAAAGCCCAUUGAUUUUGUUCUAAAUAAAGUGGCAAAAAGAGGCCCUUCGAGGGACGAAGCAAAACACAGUGAUCCAAAACAUGAUGGCACUUCUAACUCUCCCAGUAAAAAGUAUGAAGCAGCCGACGUCGGGAUUGAAGUAAAAGUCACAAAAAACUUUUCUCUUCACAGAUGCAAUAAAUGUGGAAAGGCAUUUGCCAAAAAGACUUAUCUUGAACAUCAUAAGAAAACUCAUAAGGCAAAUGCUUCCAAUUCACCUGAAGGAAACAAAACCAAAGGCCGAAGUACAAGAUCUAAGGCUCUUGUCUGCCUGGCGAAGUCGUCGCCCCGCAGCGCCGCCGCCCUGCGCCCGGCCGCCCCCGGGAGCCGCUGCCCGCCCGCGGGCGCCGUCACCACGCGCCAGGCCGCUGCCAGCUGCCGCGCCAAGCUCCGCGGCGGCGCCGCCCGGGAGCGCCAGCACGCGGCCCGGGGCCUCGGCAAGCCCGCGGGCCCGUGA